AUGUUUAAAAUGGGGGGUUCUAUUUAUGGACGAGUAAAUGAAUUUCCUACAUGUGAAGAGGUUAUAAGCAAUGUAGAUCAUAAAAAGGAAGAAAUGCGUUGGAGUGAAGAUUGUAAGAAAAUUAAUACUAUUUAUUCAGAUGCUUUUAAUUCAAAGGUUGAAUAUAUAUGCAAUAAAUCUAUGGGAUACUUAUAUAAAAUACAUAAUGAACAUUAUAAUUUGUUAGAAAAAGUUGCUUUUGAAUACUUGUAUUAUUGGAUUUACAAAUAUCAUCGAAAAAAGGAAACAAACAUUAGUAUUAUAAAAAAGUUUCAUGAAGAAUUGAUCAAAUUAUAUAAUGAUAAAAAUUUUUCAUAUAGUAUCCUGCAUAAUUAUGAAAAUACUAUUUCUGAUGAGGAGUUGAAAAAACUCAAAAUUUUAUAUGAUAACUAUAAAAGUUAUAAUUUAAUAAAAGAUCAAUGUAAACCGAGUGGCAAUAAUGAUUUCUGUAACGAAAUAAAAAGAAUUAUAGAUGAAUAUAGUCCAAAAACAUAUAUAAAACCAAGAGAAACAUGUAUAUCAAAAGAAUUACACAAUUGUAAAAAUAAUAUUGUAGUUCCCCUUAUAAUUCCAAUUUUUAUUAUAUUAGUAUUAUCCUUUCUUUGGUUUAUUAUAUAUAAGCUUACCCCAUAUGGUUCAUACUUGAGCAACAUGAUAAAAAGGAAAAGAAAUUCAUGCAAUAGUAUAUAUGAAGAAUGGAAUUCAUUGGAAUCAUCUGAAAUAUCCAGAUACGCUUCAAAUGAUGGGAAAUACAACGUAUUGUAUAAUUAUACGUAG